UCUGCCUGACUCCCCGACCGCAUCGCACCUCUGUCCCGACACACUCCACUACUUUCUCGUCGCUCGUAAAGAGGAUAAAGAAGGGGCUUUCGGGGCAAACCAAAAUCCUGAUUCGGGAGGUUUAAAUUGGAUGUUUCCCUCCAUGUUGGUAUGGCUUAAUAACUAAGUUUCCUGUGUCACGGCUGUGUGAACGAGCAGAAGAGGAGCGGAACUUUCAGGGGACCCUUUUCUUGCAACGGAGUAACUGCUGGUUUUAACCCGUGAGGUCACAUCUUCCACCGGCUCCGUUUCUUUCCUGCCCGGCUGCGGGGGUGGAUGGUAUGGUGUAACUUUUCGGCUCCAGUCGAACCAGAGUGGCUGUUUAAUGGUACCGGAGAGGGGAUGCGAGUCUCUCCUCCGUCUCGGAUAGCGGAGCGGCAAUGAGGAGAGAGGAUCACCUGCUGGGCUAAAAGAACAAGACCACACCGCACCAACAGAAUGCGGGAACGGGGCCCUUGCAUUUGUGGAGUGGGGGUGUGGAGUCUACUGCUGUCCCUCUGUCUGGCCUCCCUCACACAGGCACACAGGAGCCACACAGUGCACGUGAAGGCAGGGACGUGUGAGGUGAUCGCUGCCCAUCGCUGCUGCAACAAGAACAAGAUUGAGGAGAGGUCUCAGACUGUCAAAUGUUCCUGCUUCCCUGGACAGGUCGCUGGCACCACCCGGGCCAUGCCGUCCUGUGUUGACUCUUCCAUUGUGGCCCAGAAGUGGUGGUGUCAGAUGCACCCGUGUAAUGAUGGUGAGGAGUGUAAGGUUCUGCCAGACCUCACAGGAUGGAGCUGCAGCACAGGCAACAAAGUCAAGACCACAAAGGUGACCCGAUAGUCCUGCGAGGCUCAAGAAGAGCAGAAAUGGCAGUGGAGUCACUUAUACAGCACAAUGGUCCUAUCAAUGGUGAGGAAACGCACUCAGACGGACUUCUAUAAGGAACCAAUACUUGUUUCAUUGUUCUGAGGAUAUCCUAGAUGUGGAGGCUGAAGAGACAGGACUCUAUCACAGUCUUCCAUCACCUUAAACACAACUCAGUGUCCUUGGUCCUUUGCCACAAAGGGCCGCAUCACCCACAAUCCUUUACUGCUACUACAAACAACAGCUUCAAAAAAGUGAACUAUGAUCUAACAGCACUUGAUUAGAAGACAAAAAAGACUUUCUUUACAACAAUGUGUAUUCUUCAUCUCUCUUAUAUGGCUUAGUGUUACAUACGCAUAAAGGGAAAUAAAGGGGAUCUGGAUUUAAGGCAGCAACAUUACUACAAAAAAGGGAAUUGAUCCAGAAUGUCUGUCUCAUGUAGUCGGGAUGACACAUUUAAAUUUAACUGUGCCACAUAUGACACACUUGAUGCUGUCAAAAUGUUUCUCAGAUCUGAAACUAAACCCUUUCUUUUUCAGAUUUCACUUCCAUAAGAGUAUUUUACCUUGAAUAGUUUGUGGCUUACCACAUGCCAUGUUUUCAAAUGGGGAGACAGUUUGUCAGUCUUCUUAUAUCUAUUGUUUUCUUCUUUUUUUUGACAAAGGACAACAUCCUUUCAGGAGAGAGGUUAGACUAAUACCAAGUAGAUGUUAUGGUAUAUUGAAACAUGUAAACGUGUUAAAAAAUGGUCCAUGGAAUCAACGGGGCUUAAAAUAAAUUGAUGCUCUAAUGGUUUUAAUAUCUGUGUUUUUGAACGCCUGUUAACCGCUAUUGAGUACAUGUGUCAGUAUUAUAUGAAAUGAAUAAAACCUU